AAACACUCGCCUGUUUUGUGUGUCGUUAUUGAUGGAAGAUUUGGGGAACAAGAUCCAUAAUGGCUGAUGGAGAAUUGAACAUUGAUAGUAUUAUAACUCGCUUAUUGGAAGCUCGAGGGCGACCAGGAAAGAGUGUGCAGCUCGCAGAAUCGGAGGUACGAGGGUUAUGCUUGAAGUCUCGAGAAAUCUUUCUAAACCAGCCUAUCUUACUGGAGCUGGAGGCUCCUCUGAAAAUAUGCGGUGAUAUUCAUGGCCAAUACACAGACUUGCUGAGACUUUUUGAGUAUGGUGGUUUUCCUCCAGAGGCCAAUUAUUUGUUCCUGGGUGACUAUGUGGAUCGUGGGAAACAGUCUUUAGAGAGCAUAUGUCUUUUACUUGCUUACAAGAUCAAGUACCCUGAAAACUUCUUCCUUCUAAGAGGAAAUCAUGAAUGUGCAAGUAUUAACAGAAUAUAUGGGUUUUAUGAUGAGUGUAAACGAAGGUAUAACAUUAAACUAUGGAAGACAUUCACAGAUUGUUUUAACUGCUUACCAAUAGCUGCUAUUGUGGAUGAAAAGAUCUUUUGUUGCCAUGGAGGAUUGUCACCUGAUCUUCAGUCAAUGGAGCAAAUAAGGAGAAUAAUGAGACCCACUGAUGUACCAGACACUGGUCUACUUUGUGACCUGUUAUGGUCAGAUCCAGACAAAGACACCAAUGGAUGGGGGGAGAAUGACAGGGGCGUCUCUUUUACCUUUGGUGCCGAUGUGGUCAGUAAAUUCUUAAACAGGCAUGACCUUGAUCUUAUAUGCCGAGCACAUCAGGUGGUUGAAGAUGGCUAUGAGUUUUUUGCCAAGAGACAGCUUGUCACUCUGUUUUCAGCCCCCAACUAUUGUGGUGAAUUUGACAAUGCAGGUGGCAUGAUGAGUGUAGAUGAUACUUUAAUGUGUUCAUUUCAGAUUCUGAAGCCUUCAGAAAAGAAAGCGAAAUAUCAAUAUGGUGGUUUGAACUCAGGGCGACCAGUCACACCACCAAGAGGACCAGGAAAUAAAAAGGGGGCAGGAAAAAAUAAGUAGAAAUGUAAUUAUCUUUAGCAGUUUGCUGAGAGGCGCUAAUAGUUUACUUGUAUAAUAAUUCAGUAAUAUCAAAGACUUAUGCCUAGGUAGUCUUGUGUGGAAAAUCCUUGAUUGGAAAACUAGUGAAAAUAUUGAAUGUCAAAACGACAUAUUUAAUUUAUAAAGCAUGUUUCAGGAUUAUGAAUUUCUCGUCUAGUUGAACGAUGUCGUUUUGAUAUUUGGAAGAACCCGUGUUCUUUCAAAAACAUUUGAAGAUGAAACUAGUAAAACUAGUGAUUUUUAUUGUUAAACAAGCAACUUUGAAUACUGGAUUCAAACACUGUGAUUUUUACCCUCAAUGCUUGAUUGGUCAAUGAAUGAUGUCUUUGUAAACAUUCUUUAAAAUGCAUUGUCAUUUGAACAAAAAACAAAUUUGAAGAUUAUCGAAGUUUGACUUCUGAAAAUAGGUGCUUCUGUUGGUUGACCCUUGAUGUCCUCUGCUGCUGCUAUUACAAACCCACAUGUAUGAAGGAAAUUACAUUGUCAGACACCUAUUUCAGAAAAGGUUGASCGAAAGGUACUAUGGGUAUUGAUUAUUAAUGGAGAAAUUGAAUGCAGAUUUGUCAAAGGUUUUUUUUUUUUUGGCUGGUUGUACGAAGGGGGAAUAACUCCAUUCACAGGAUUGAUCCAAAAUCUAUGGAAUAGAUAACCUCCUUUUUAUAGGUUUGGGCUUCCUUUUCUUUGAUAUAACAGAAGGAGGUUAUGGAAGUUAUGUCACCUCAUGUAUUAGCCCAAGGCCCCAGUUCGAUGAUGAUGGUAGUGAUGGGUCACUGUUAUUUAUCCGAAAUGAAUACCCACAGCAGCUUUCGGUCAGUCAAUCACCGAAAACUUUCCCCAGAUAAUCAGAUUAUCAGAUGAUCUAAAAACAGACAAAACACAGUAUGAACUAAGCUACAUGAUAUAACUCUCUAAUUGUAAAUAUUGUCUGUUGAUAUGUCAUGUUAACAAUGCCAGUAACAGGUUAUUAUUGGUCAGUUUGUAAGGUCUUAUUCAGUGUGUGGUGUGAACCUGUCUAUGAUAUAUAAAGGAUGUAUCCAGUGUAACAAACU